AUGCCUGUGCUAUUUAUUUGGUUAAACAGUUUACGCAAGACUGUUAUUCUGGUAGGUACUGUGGCAGCAUUGUUGUUCCUGAUCGUUGUUCGUCUUAAGAACCAAGUCAGCUUUCCUCUGAUCCUCAACUGUUUUGGUCAAACCAGUGUCAAAUGGAUGCCAUUCUCCUAUACUCAGAGACGACCUCUAAGGACCCACUAUGGCUAUAUUAACGUGAGAACUGAAGAGCCUUUACAUCUGGACUGUGACAUCUGUGCCAUUAUUUCAAACUCAGGACAAAUGGCAGCACAGAAAGUAGGAUAUGAGAUCGAUCAGUCAUCAUGUAUAUGGAGGAUGAACAAUGCUCCUACCAAGGGCUAUGAAGAAGAUGUUGGGAAGAGGACAACAGUCCGAGUUGUCUCCCAUACCAGUGUUCCUCUUCUGCUUAAGAACCCUGAAUAUUUUUUCAGGGAAACCAACAGAACAAUCUAUGUCAUCUGGGGACCUUUUCGAAACAUGAGGAAAGAUGGCAAUGGUAUUGUGUACAACAUGUUGAAAAAGACAGUGGACAAUUACCCUGGAGCCAAAAUUUAUGUGACCACAGAAAAGCGCAUGAGUUACUGUGAUGAAGUGUUUAAGAAGGAAACAGGGAAAGACAGAGUCCAGUCAGGAUCCUAUCUCAGCACUGGCUGGUUUACCUUAAUACUGGCUAUGGACGCUUGCUACAGAAUACACGUCUAUGGGAUGAUAAAUGACACCUACUGCAAGUCAGAGGGCUUUCGAAAGGUCCCUUAUCACUACUAUGAACCAGGAAGAGAUGAAUGUGAUGAGUACUUUCUACAUGAAAAUGCACCCUAUGGAGGCCAUAGGUUUAUUACAGAAAAGAAAGUAUUUGCUGAGUGGGCUAAGAAGCACACUAUAAUAUUUACACAUCCUAACUGGACAUUGUCUUGA